AUGCUGGCUCCGUCAGCUGAGGAGUAUUUGCAAUGGUCGGUGUCCGCUCUCAAGAAGCAUUUGCAAGCCCAAGGGGUUGUCACAACAGGAUCCAAAUCCAAUCUGGUGGAUCGCUUGCUGGCGCUGUCUGAGCCGCUCAGCCCAUUGUCGCCUGUGAAAAAGCCGAAGGAGUGCAGUGCAAAGGCAGUGAAGCCUGCAAAGCCCGCUUCGCCGGCCAAGACCAAGCCUGCAACAAAGCUUGCAAAAACCUUGAAAGUUGGUAAAGCGAAGGCAAAGGCGAAAGCAAAGACAAAGUUUGUAAAGACCGGGAGGGCCAAAGCUGCUGACGACCUUGGAGAUCUUCACUCUCCUGUGGCAACGUUGAACGGCUGUCUCCGAAAGGUGCCAAAUGUAGACAUUGGCAAGGCUUUGUUGGGACCUGGUCCUUGCUUGCUGAAGGCUUUGCCCAAGACAGCAGCCCACAAGCUCAGAAAAAUGAUGGAGGCACAUGAGUUCGAGUGCGAGGCCUUGAAGCCCAGCAGCUUAUCUGUGCAGCAGCGCUUAGCGAUUCGUCUUUACACGGCAGAGGAGCCUUUGCCGCUGUACAAAACCCUCAACGCACCCUUUCACGAUGCCAAGCGGAGCCCGACCACAAUUGCCAACCAGGCACCAUUUCUCAAAGUGAUGGCGCAGGCUGUGAGAGCAUUGGCAAAAGCCGGGAAAGCUUUCAGCUACACCGGACCUGCCUAUCGCGGCAUCAAAGUAGCAAAGAGUCCUUUGCUGAAACGGAAGUAUGAGAACUACGCAGAAGCAUUCAAAGUUGGCAGCCGUUUGACCUUUGCAGCGUUCACAAGCCUUUCCCUCGCUGACAGCACAGCGGAAAGCUUUGGGGACCGCAUCCUUUUCCAGUUUACUCGCGUUCGUGGAGUCCGCAUUGCGGAGCUCAGCGCAAUUCCUUCAGAGCUGGAGAUCCUGGUGGAGCCGCCCGCAGUGUUCAAGGUAUUUCAGCCUUCAUACCCAGCCGUCCUGAAAGUAACAGUUGACGGCAAGUUGGAUUGCUCCGUCAAAGUUCAGGUCGUGGGAGGCAAGGCAGAGGGCAAUGGGCUACCACAAAUUUGCGUUGCUGGCAAGCAGUCUACUGCAACCUAUCUGUCAUCUUCGGCUACCCGUGGGCCUAUGACCAAAGGGUCCUUGAUAAUCGAGGGGUUCGAUGCAGUGCCCUUCUGCGUGGCGCACAAUGACCAGGGAACAACUUACGUCCAAGGCAAAGGCAAAUGGAGAUGCACAUCAUUGAGCGCUCCCAGGUGGAACUGGCGUGAACAAGCACCCAAGCCAACAGAAGGCAGAGCGGCUGAUCUUCAGGUGAUUGCAUCUAAGUCUGUCGACAAUGUCCCUCAGCUCAAGGUGUGCGUAAGAGAUGCCACUGAAAUGGAGCUCAAGCGUUGUUUGCAGGGCCAAGCAUUGCGCGAUGCGCAGGAGGCGGGGGACUAUGACAUGCUUCUGGCCCAGGUGACCAAGGCAAAGCAAGCUGGAGUUGAUCGGGAGCAGAUCGAGGAAGCUGAAGAUAGACUGAAUGGACUGCGAAAGCUGGGGAAGCAUGUCAACUGUGGUUGUGACAAGGAGAGUUUGAGGUUGAUGAUGCAGUGGGACAAGGUGACUCGGUGCAGCGAUGUGUUGCCCACUGAUGCAUGCAAAGUUCCUGAGUGCCCAUGCAACCAGGAGGCUUGUGGCGAGGUCCUUCAAGUUUUGCCCAAUGCUGUGCAGAGCUGCUUGAAAGACUUUGGCCCGGAGGGUGACAGAGAACUCUUUGAAGAGCUCGCAGGUUCUGCACUUGCAGUAGAAGAAGGCUCUGUGUGGAAAGCCGGCGGCAAGUUGAUUUUCAGCGCUUUCGAUCGGAACCAGUCUGUUCAGGCUUUGACGAGGAUGUUGAACAAUGCUGGAAGAACGCGGUGCGUAAAGCUGCUGCUGCAGAUGGUGAAGCACAGCGAGGCGGAGUAUGGCGGCUAUGUUACUGCAAUUCAAGUGAAUUUCCAUCCAAAUGGCGAAUCCUUCCACGCGCAGCACCGUGACAUUUACAGCGCAAAGCAACGUGCAGGGCCUAGUUGCACAUGCACUUUCAAGAAGUGCGUUGGCACUGUUUGCUACACCGUCGGCUCCAGUCGCCAAUGCCUAUUGGAGACCAUGACGGAUGUGUUUUCAGCAAUAAAGCCCUGUGGUGCGAGUUGUACUGGUCGACGGGAGCGCCGUUGGCUUCACAGUGGUGACGCCAUGUAUUUCAACGAAGCAUGGAACGCCAAUCACACUCAUGGAAUUCCAGCCAUAGAGAACGGGCAAGAAAUUGGCCCACGUAUAUCUAUUGCCUUUCUUCUCGGAGCUGAGGAAUCCCGGAGCCUGAUGAACAAAGUCCCUUUGCCAAAUGAGGUUCCGUGA